AUGGCUAUCCUUCACCUCCUGACUCUCGGCCUCACCGCAGCUGCGAUGGCAUCUCCGGCCCCAUCCAACGACGCAACACCCACAGACCCAAAGGAGGCCCUCACUUCCGGCCAGGCAGCUGUGCAACGCAUAUGCGACCUGGUUCUCUGCCUGGGUCCAAAUCACACCGGGGAAUGCAGCCUUUGGUGCCACUACAAAGGAGAGCUUCAGAGCUUUGAAGAAGCGAAGCAGCGAGAGAUCACAAUGUCGACAUAUUUCACAAAGUCCGAUCGCUGUAAUUUUUACGCAAAGGUUUGUGAACCUAUUCCACACGGAGACUGGUCAAGUCGGCUACUAAAGAGCCCGGAAAGUCUCGAAGAGCUGUUUUUCGCCUCGUCGAGAUUUCAAAAGCAAAGCAAGAACCAAGUGAAGUCAAUUAUGAGCACCGACACGCAAGUCCAACGCUGGCAGACCCGUCAAGACGGGCUGGACAAGCUCUUCCUCGCCACGGCGUCCCUGCCGCAGCCCGGGCCCGGCGAGGUGCUCGUCAAGAUCAGCGCCGUGUCUCUCAACUACCGAGACACGGAGGUGGCCAUGGGCCUCUACAACCACCACAAGACAAUCAACCCGGCCGAGACGGACCCAAUCGUCCCGGCUUCGGACAUGUGCGGCUCCGUCGUCUCUGUAGGUGAUGGCGUCAGCAGGUGGAAGGCUGGGGAUCGCGUCUUGUCGAUUUUCAAUCAGACGCAUCUCAAGGGCCAGAUUAAGCCGGUUGAUAUGAAGAGCGGUCUCGGUUUCCCGUUGGAAGGUGUCUUGCAGACGUACCGCGUCUUCUCUGCUGAGGGGUUGGUCAGGGCGCCCAAGCACCUGAGCGACGAAGAGGCCGCGACUCUUCCCAUUGCUGCUGUGACGGCUUGGAUGUCAAUCAACCAGUUCCGGCCUUUGGGCCAGCCUGGUGGCCAGGGCGAGGUUGUGGUAUGUCAGGGAACUGGUGGUGUAGCCAUUUCGGGACUGCAAAUCGCAAAGGCUUCAGGGGCCACGGUCAUCGUUACAUCUUCCUCGGACGAGAAAUUGAAAAAGGCAAAGGCUCUCGGGGCGGAUUACACCGUCAACUACCGCACCACGCCCAAUUGGGACGACAAAGUCAACGAAUUCACCAAGGGCGAGGGCGCCAACCUCAUCCUCGAAACGGGCGGGGCCAAGACGCUGCGACAAUCUUUUGAGGCGAUUGGCUUCGGCGGGCAGAUUGCGUGCAUUGGAUAUCUCUCUGGUAAAGUCGACGAUGUGGAGGACCGGACGAACGUCAACUUGCUCGCGCUCAAGAAAACUGUGACGCUCAAGGGUAUCAUCAAUGGUCCGAGGGAGCGGUUCGAGGAGAUGAUUGAAUUUUACGAGGAGAAGGGUAUCAAGCCUGUUGUCGACCGGGUCUUCCAGUUCAAGGAGGCGGAUAAGGCGUACAACUACCUGUACAGCGGAGGACACUUUGGCAAGGUUGUCGUCAAGGUCCAAGAAUGA